UUACAUAUGUCAAAUGAGAUUGUAGAUAACUUUAUAAUUUACAAAAUACAGGCGCAAUUUUCUAAAUUAUUCAAGAAUGGAAAGUGAAGAGGAAUUGGUUUGUGGUGCAUACAAAAAACUUGCAAUAAACGAUAAUAAUGAAGCACACUCAUUGCAAAGCGUGCAAAAAAAUCGCACAAUUAAACAGACUAAUGAUAACUUCAAACCAACAAUUAAUCAGCCAAAUGAACAAAAGGAAGACCAUGGGCAAGAAACAGAUGACUCAGAUAAUGAUAUCCUUGUACAAAACUACAACAUGAAAUGCAAAACAAAUAAAGAAAACAUACGACUCUUAAACAGAGUGGAUAGAUUAGAGUCGGAAAAUUACGAAACUCUAACCAGGCACAGCAAAGAAAAUAUUAAACCUGAAAAAUUAUUACACACUUUGUCCAUGCCAAAAAUUAAUGCCACGAGUCACCUAAUGAAAGAUAUGCAUACUUUAAAAUACAUUAAAUUGCCUAAAAUAGAAAAACUCGACGAUUUGACUCCUGUUUCGAAAGCUAAAAUAGCUUCUAAGAUAACCAGAAAACUCAACUUCAAACCAAACGAACAAAUAUUUAAAAAUCUCAUUUCUUUAAAUGUUUCAGAAAUCGAAGAACCCUUGCAUAAACUUAAAGUGAAUAUAAAACACGUAAAUAAUAAUAUUCAGGUGCUUGAACCAAAUUUAAGUUAUUACUUGGAUCCACUUCCUCCGCUUUCACCAGUAAAACCUUUUCCUGCAACACGACAGAGAAAAACAGAAGAACAAAAUCGUAAACAGCUUGCUUGCAUGGAGCUUCCCGGUGCACUUGAAUUAUAUAGACGCAUAUUUGAAAAGGAAGAAGAAACUAAUGUGUUAAUAGCCCAAUAUUGGAUUACUUUCGAUAUCAAUGUUACUCUAUUACGACUGAAUAUCAAUGAGAAUAUCUUUGCAAUUAUUUUACUUAGCAAACAAAAAAGCAUAUACCUCAACACUUGGAAUUGGGUGAUCAUAUUAAAUUGCAAAGUAAUUGUUUGUAGGCAGCUUUUUGCAUCGAAAAACGAAGUGGUGGUCUUUCUAAACACUAAAGAAUAAAAAACUUUUUAAGAUA